UGUAGUGGUUACCUCAAGGCAAUGAAUACUUUAACCACAAACCGAAGAAGGGCUUACAAUUUUUUCAAGAGCAUGGUGUUUUAAGUGCUAAGUUUGAUUCGCAAGAAAUUGUAACCUUUUUACGAGAAAACCCGGCUCUCGAUAAGGUUAAAAUUGGAGAGUACAUAAGUAACAGAAAUAAUCUACAAAUACUUGAAGCUUAUGUAAAGAUGUUCGAUUUUACCAGUAUUAGAAUAGACGACGCAUUGCGGAUGUAUUUAGAAACGUUUCGAUUACCUGGAGAAGCGCCUCUUAUUUCCCUCGUUCUUGAACAUUUUGCUGAUCAUUGGCAUAAAUGUAAUGGAGAACCAUUUGUAAAUGCAGACGCUGCAUUUACAUUGGCUUAUGCAGUUAUAAUGUUAAAUGUGGAUCAACACAAUAAUAAUGUUAAAAGGCAAAAUAAUCCAAUGACUUGUGAGGAAUUUAAGAAGAAUCUAAAAGGCGUCAAUGGUGGUUUAGAUUUUGAUCAGAACAUGCUUGACGAAAUUUACAAUGCUAUCAAGUACGUAUCUAUUAAAAGAGUAAUUUGAUUUUCAGGUUGUUGCAAAAAAAUAUGUCUUGAGAAAAGUAUUUUUUUCAUUUUUUCAAAAAAAUUAACUUUUUUUUCAAAAACAUUGGCGUUAUUGU